AAAAUGGAAUGUGGAAAUGUCAGACUUGGCUAGAAAAACGGAGAAUCCUAUAAGGAGUAUUUGGGAAGGGUGUAAAAGCACUCCUAAUCCAUCAAAAAAAUUAAUAACACUGCAAAUUGGGGAUCCGACAAUAUUCAAAAAUUUUUUAGCUGCUCCAGAAGCCAAGGUAGCACUCAGAAAAGCACUUGAUCAUGACAACUUUUCAUACAUGUCUUGUGCUGGAUUAGAAACAUCUAGGGAAGCUGUUGCAGAGUAUGUGAAUAAGAACUAUAAAGGAUUAACAACUCAAGAUUUCCAACCGAUAACUUUUAAUGAUGUGAUUCUGACGAGUGGCUGUUCAAUGGCACUUGAAAUGUGUUUUCGAGUUCUCGCGAAUCCUGGAGAUAAUAUUUUGUUCCCGAAGCCUUGUAUGGGAUAUUCAACGUGGAUUGUGGGAUGUGGAGUUGAAGCACGGUAUUUUAAUUUGGAUCCAAAUAAGGAAUGGGAAGUUGAUCUUGAGCAUCUUGAGUCUAUGAUCAAUGACAAAACAAAAGCUAUUUUGAUCAACAAUCCUGGAAAUCCUUGCGGAAACGUGUACAGCAAAGAACAUCUGUUAAAUAUACUGAAUGUAGCUGAACGUCACAAAAUACCAAUAAUAGCGGAUGAAAUCUACGAGUUCUUUACAUUCCCUGGAGUUCAGUUCUAUCCACUAGCUGCAUUAUCUAAGAAUGUCCCUAUUUUAACAUGUUCUGGUAUUACUAAAAGAUUCAUUAUGCCUGCUUCAAGAAUGGGAUGGAUUAUUAUAAACGAUAGAAACCAUUUACUAGAUAGCGUAAGAAAAGGAUUGUUUAAUCUAGCAGGAAGAAACUUUGUACCAAACAGCACUUUAACAAGAGCACUGCCUGAAAUAUUGAGAGACACACCUCAAAAAUUCUUCGAUGACAAUUCAAAAGCCUUAUUUAAUCAUUCGUUAUCAGCAUUCAGCAUUUUAAAGACAUGUGAUGGAUUGACCCCCAUAAUGCCAAAAGGUGCAAUGUACUUAAUGGUUAAAAUUGAAUUGGAAAAGUUUCCAAAUAUCAAAAAUUGCCUUGAAUUCUCUAAAAUUCUUUUAAGUGAACAAAGUGUUUCCGUUUUUCCUGGAUUUCCGUGCUUCAACUUUCCUGGAUUUUUCAGAAUAGUGUUGACUGUUCCAGAAGAACUGAUUAUUGAGGCUUGUGGACGGAUCAAGAUGUUCUGUGAGAAGCACUACAAACAUGAUGGUGAUAAAUAUCUUAAAAGUGGCUAGUAUCUUACAAGCAAUCUGUAAACUCCACAUUUUGAUUAGUUUAAGAAAAUGAACUUGAGAAACGACAAAGAAUAAAUUGAAAAAUCAAUUUAAUGUCAAUAAAGAAGCAAUCCAUCAUUUCCUUU